GGCAUGUCAUGUAGGCGCUUUAAAACACAACAAUCAGCUGUCAAAUUAUCAAAACUGUCAAAACAAAAAAUAUUUUUCUGUAAGAAAAAUUACCCUAAAUAAUGCGUUUAUGUAUCGUUUCUGGUUCUGUAAUAAGUUAAAACAUCACGCAUAAGUUAAAUUAUUGUACCAUGGCUACUAUGGUGAAGGAGAAACGCCGAGAGAAGAAGAAAUACAAAGAGAAAGCAAGCAAGACCGUACCUUCAUGUGAAUCUCCACCAAUAACAAAUCAGGCAGAAAAUAUUGCCGAGCAAAAGAUUCCUAUUACAGUAUCUGAUACUUCAGCUGCAUCUGAAAGUAUGCAUGAAUCUCAAACAACAACCAAUUUUCAUACUGAAGAUCAAAUUCAAAUUGUACAAUGUGUUACAAAAACUAGUAACAAGCUCCCAGAACAUAGUUCAACUGCUGAAGACUUAACUGUUGACUGUUCUGUAAAAUAUGACACUACUGUUAUCACAGCAACUGCAGACUCUCAGAGUAUCUAUUCCAAAUGUAUCGGUGAUUUGGAAAAAGUGAAUCUAUCAGACAUUUCAUUGGCGAGUGAAGCCCAUGAAUGCAUUGAAGAUAAUCCUGUAUCUCAAGGUGUCUUGGAAACUGCUGCACCAUCAGCACCUACGUUGGAGGAGGAAGUGCCUCAUCUGCUACCUCCAAUAUUGAUACCAGUUGUGAAUGAGCUUAUAAGACUGAAAAGUAUGCCUUUGGAAGAGGCGGUCAGACUAUUUGGAGGUACUGUGAUUGCAGAAGUUAUGGCUAUGAGCGAAAGAGAAGAAGCCAUUGUGGAGGCUGGCCCUGCUAGUGGACCUGAACAUCCUUUAGUUGAUUUGCUGUCAACUUUAAGGAGGUCUCUCAUAGCUGUUGAACGUGAACAAACACAAUUAGAGAUAGGAUACUCUGAAGAGGAAAAGUUUAGGUCUGCAUUAUGGAAAGUCAGCAAAAGAUCCAUACAAGCAGUGGAAAAAUGUCCGUGUGGUUUGAAUGUAAACUUCAGAGCCCUUUUUGAGCAUGCUGAGUUACAAAAGGACAAGCUGCCUGUGGCUCGUUUGAGAUUAGAAAGACUGCUUAAAGAUGUACAGGAGUCUUAUUGCCAUCAUCAGCAUGAAGCCUUAUUAGCACAUUAUCAGAUUGAAGAGUUCAUAUCGGAAGUAGUGAAGAGCCAUAAGGGUGAGAUCCGCGAGGCGCUGACCUUAGUACUGCAAGCGUUGAAGCGGUGUGACAACGCGCCGCUAGUUUUGGCCGUCGCGUUGGAACGAUGGGCGCGUGCGCUGACCUCAGCGCUCAUCGACCAACGAGAUCUCACGCAGCUUCUGUUCUUGAUCCACCAUUUGUUUAGGCAGACCAGGUCGAUACGAUGGGCAGCCAGCAUAAUAACCGUGAGCUUGACUGACAGCAUUAGCGCAGCGAAGGCGGUUGCUUUGUUAGAUUUGCUGUUCGCGAGGACGAGGGUCGAUUCCGCAAUAGAAUGCGUCGAAGAUAGAGAAGAUGCGUGGGAAGAGGUAGACAAAGACGGGGGUGGGGGUGCUGUCAGCGACGGAAGCUUAAGAGAGAGAGAUCUACUUGCUUUACUGCGAGCGCUGCCUCUUAGGGAUCUAGUUGCCACGCUGCUGCGCUUGCAUCCGGUCGUGGGACAGCCGCGUAGUUACCGCUGGGAGGGCGCCGACGGGCAGGGUUUGAUUCGCGCGUGCUGCGGCGUCCGCACGCUGCUGCACACGCUGUCGCGCGCUAUGGCAGCGCACGCGCGGUACUCGCGGCUGCAGCGGGCGCUGAGCGAAGUGGCACGGAAUGCGCUGCACGCGCUGGCAGCGCUUGACUGGCAGCUUGACGAUCCUGCUGGGAACCCUUACUCCCCUGAUUUGGAAAGGAAAUUGCUCGGCGAGUUACAAGCCGUAUUCCUUAGCGGUCUCGAAGUGUUGCCCAGUGAGAUGCACGAGGUGCCCGCCUCUCUUCUAGUGUCGCACGCGGCCAGAGAAUACUGCUACGGACACAUGCUCGCCGUGGAGAAGCAUGAUGAGUGUUUCUCACACCGCGUGGAGUCACUGUCUCUGGACUUGCCUCGUGCUUCGUGCGAUAUGCGCGUGCGCGUUGUGUCGCACGCGGCCUUGCGCAGACGCAACGACUACGAGCUCGCGCGAAUGGUGUUGGAGUUUCUCUUCCAAGUCGGUGUGAGACGAGGCAAAGUCUCAAUUGGGUGUAAGGGCGCGUGCAGGCAGGCUGCGCAAGAGUGUAUGUCGGCGUUGUUGACCGCGCAUCCGUAUCUACACGCCUUUGCUUUACAUCUCGUGGCGGAAACCAAUCCAGUGGAGAAAUUAGACGCUGCGUCCAUAGAGUGUUUAUCGAUUAGCAAAUGGCGGCCGCAGAGCGGUGAAGUGAUCGUAGUGUUGAAUGCGUGGGCGCAGCGGUGCCCGAUGUUAUUGCCUACGCUUCUGUCGCUACUGGACUGCACUCCACAUGAAGGCGUAUCUUUGGAAAGUCAGUUGACCAUAGGUACUUGGUUAUGCGACUACGUGACCAGUCGUAUUGGAGACGGCGAUGAAUGGUGUUGGAGUACGUUGCGUCGAUUACGUUUACAUCGUACGUACUGGGCGUUGUCUAUGGAAACGGGGGCCCCUGAGGGGAAGCCGGUACAUCUGUUCUGUCAAGCUUACGCUCUGGCCGCUAGGAGUUGGGGACAUUCUAUACCGAUGAUCUGCUCUGAGGGUGUGGAGGCUUUGUAUGCUCUGGCUUCUGCGCGUACGCAAGACGCACUGCACUUUUUAUCUCCUAUAAUGUUGGUGCUGGCUAAUUCGCCCGAGUCCGUUUCCACUACGCCCAGGUUCAGGGAUUUGUUCACGUUGCUCAUGAACGCGGGCCCGGGGCUUAUGCAGCGCGCCCUGGGCCGCGGCGGAGCUCCCGGUGCCGACCACCUGCUGCGACUGAUGACGCAACAACUCGAAAAGGAACAUUGCGGCGGCGUGAGUCGCGGCUCGGUGGCUGCCGUGUGGACCGCAGCCCUGUGGGGGGUGGCGGGAGGGGAGGCUCUGCUCGACGCCGCUCUACUCGCCGCCCCGGUGCCGUACCUUCUGCGACAUCUUACUACAUUAGCGCGGGCGCAGGAUGAAGAGUCUCGACAGCAGUUAAUAGCGGCCACAAAGUGGUACGCGCAUGCGCCCUUGUUAUGCGAGAGCGCAUUGUGCGCGUUCCAUAUGGAAUUCGAGCUGCGCACGCACAUAUUCCCGCGCCUUUUGGACGCACUGCACGCGCAACGUAUAACCAAUCAGAGGAUACACGUCGACAACGCGCUUAAGUCACUCGGCGCCGCCGUAACUUUCACCUCAGACCAGCUGACGAUAUACGGAGCGGCGGCGGCGACAUUAGCCUCGCCCGUAUCUCACCCCUCUAGUCUGCAUCUGUGGCGAUUGUUGAUGCACCUGUACCUACAACGACCGCCCUCCACUGCUGUAGACGCCACACCUCCGGUGGGGCCACUGUUCUUCAGUGGGCUCAUAAAGUCGCGAACUCUCGCGCAGCUCAAACGUCGCCUGCUAAAAUUCAUUCAGCAUCAUGGGAACGAAGCGGCCGCUUUGAAAGCGAAACAAAACAAGACUAAUGUGCAACCACAGACUGUCCGAUCAAAAAGUGUAACUAAAUCGAUCGAUAACAGGCUCACUACGCCGCUAUCGAUUCACGAUUUGACUGGUGAAUCGAAUGAAUCGAGCGACUCGGAGUUAUCGGAGGAAAAUAAGGAGGGAUCGGAGUCGGAUGAGUGCGUCAGUGAAGAUUCAAAUGUUGGCCUGUUGUUGGCUUACCAUGUUGGUGCCGAGCGAAUGUUCUGCGAAUAUGUUCGUUGGCUGGACGAAGGAGAGAAAACUAAAGCAAUGCCGCAUGACGCUGAAAUCGCCAGAUACAUACCUGAACAGGCGUCGCAAGCGGCGUUCUCACAAGCGGCCCGCGCCCGUUCCGCCUGCAUCUCGCCGGAAGCGGAACCUCCCCCCCUUCCCCCUACCACAAUACCGCCCCCCGUCCCGCCUUCACCCACACCGUUAGAAGAAGCCACGCGAGCACUGCUCAAUAUCAGGGAUUCAUCUAGGAAAAGAUCUAGAAGGCGCUCCAUAAGGUCCCCUCUAGGAGACGUCAACAUUAAGGACCCGCGGGCUCUUCUCGCCGCAGUCGAUAAACACUUGAGCCACAUGGAAACACUCUCACGGCAGUGGUGCACAGAGGUGGUUACAGUUUCUUCCCUGGACAAGGCUCUAUGGGACUUAGUACGAGGCCUACGAGUUCCCUAUCACAUUCCCACACUAUAUGCGUCCUGCUCUAACAAGUGCAAACCAAUAGCUUACGCUCCGACUGAAAAGCAAUGGUGUAUUUCGACCGGUGCUCAACAAGGGAUUGUGGAAAACAGGAGUGGGGCCAGCAUCGCAGUCCGUCGCUUGGCUCGCUCACGGCCCGACGCCGCUCGCUCAGCUGCUGCUCUGCUCGCUCUUGCCAGACGGUCGGGCAGCUUCGAGAUGGCUCGGCGUAUGGUCGAGCGAGCGUUGCAGUGCGCGGGCGCCGUGAGGGAGCAGUGCGCACCCGCUGCCGCUGCGCUCACGUCGCUCGUCGAUCUCUUGGCUGACCGCUGGCUGCUGAGCUCGGGGUCGGAUUGCGCGGCGCUAGUGAAGCAGUGGUGGAUAGAUGAUGGGAGCAGCGUUCUCAGUUCAGUGUGCGUGGCUCUAGUGUCGCCGCAUCGCAGCAAUCCACAGCAAGUACCCGCACUGCACGCCGCCGUGUUGAGCGCUAACGUCGCCCGCGCCCGCGUGUUUAGCACGCUGAGCAAGUUCGAUUUGAGCAAGUGGUCUCAAUCCGUGGACAGCAACACGCGGCAUGGCAUGCUGGAUUCUAUAAUGAGUGCAGCCCAGCAAUGGGGGGUCAAGCCUGAUCCAGAAAGUCUGUUGUUAGUUGAGUUACUAGGUGUACAGAUGGCAGCAUUGUGCCACGCUACGGAACUGUGCGCGUUAGUUUGCGCGUGUACGCGCGCGUGUGUGACCGCUACUCUACCUAAAGUCAUAUUACAACAUGUUAUUCAAGCGGCAGAGAAAUGCGCCCCGGAUAUACCAUUCGAUCAGCUGGGUCACCUUCUCCGCGAGUUGGGUGUUAUUUGGUGGGGGGCACGAACUAAUGCGAUCCCCUCCUACGUGGAGCGGUACGAUGCGUACGCGCACGACUCGCUCGAACUAAUGAUCGUGUUACACCGCUCGUUCGUAGACUCCGCUGUACACCUCAGCUAUGCCAGUGAGAAAGUGGGCCUCUUGUCAUGGUCUAGCCUUCAGGAAUGUAUGGCCGCGUGGGCAUUGCCACCUGCCCCGCCUUCGUUCCCGCCCGCCCUACUGCAUAGUAAGCAGUACGAUAACAUAUUGAAGUCAGUACAUCGCGCGUUGGAUGAUCUCAUACAAAGACAUCCUGGUAUAGAAGAAGUGUUGCUCAAUCAAGUGUUCGAGUGGGUGAUGAAGACAUAUCAAAUGGUGAGGUCUUCGAGCGAGGGUCGCGUGGAACUAUUAUCUUUGCUCGCUUGCUUUGGUGACUUGCCAUGGACUUCGCAUCAAUGGCUGCAGCCUACUGGUCUGCAGGCCUUGUUGCAGGUCAGCCAGUGUGGUGACGAAGAAGUAUUGUCCUGGUGUUCCCGAUGCUGCGGUCGACUGGAGGGGGUUACUUGGGUGAGGGCUGCCGGGGAGGGGGGACUCCCCUCUCUCUUAUAUCUGUGGACAGGAACCACUCUCCCCACCACUGAUCACAUGCUAGAGGUGGCGUGUGGAUUGCCAUGGGGACGGUUGCCGGUGGUUGCUCUAGAAGACGCUUUGGAACGAUUCUUCCAACUCAACUACGGAUUAGCCUCUCCCUACCAUGACUUGCCGCAAUUCAAGGUGAUAGUAGCGGCGGGCGAGUUAGCCCCAUCGAGUGUGGGCGUUAAUAGCACCAGCUAUAGUAGACAGAAGCGGGCCCAGUUGGUAUCGGCGUGGGGCCGGGCAGCCUUAGCACCCGCCCUACAAUCGCACGUGCCCGCCCAUGUUGCCGCCCUAACCGCCUAUCUACAGUGCCUAGCCCCUCAUCUAGUGCGAAUGGGUAUUGAAGGCGAAGAAGAACUUAUAGAUUUAGUCGGACGCGCGCUCAAUAUUACCUGCAUCGAGCCCGCCGCCGCCGCUGCCUUGCCAGUACUAGAACGCUUCGUGUCAUCGAGCGAUCCGGGUAUGGUGCGGGCCAUCCUACGGGCAGUAGCCGGACUGACGGCGUUUGAGUACUUUGCCCCACUAGCAGACGUCGCUGUUAGAACUCAUCUCGCACAAGACGGUACCUGGCAGUCAGUAUGGGCUGCGUGGCAUAACUGCAUAUGGACUGAUCCCGGCCCAUUAUGUGCGCGUGCGCGUCUAUACGCUGCGUAUGCUGCGCAUGCGCGACAACAAGAUCAAGAUACAAUGCGCACUAGUUUCCUGGCGCUGAUGGCCGCUGACAUCGACUUUAAGAAAAACGAAGCCUUAGUGGCCUUAUGGAUAUGCGUGGCGUGUCGCAUAGCGCGGUGCAGCGACAGCGGGGGCUCCGGGGCGGAGUGCCGCGCGGCUGCCGCGGGGCUGCUGGCGCGGUGGGCCGAAGCCCCGCGCGGGCUGCUGAGGCUGGUGCUGCCGUCUGCCGGGAAUACUUCACCUACGCCUUUACACCGUCUACUCUGUCUUCUUGCGCAGUGCAUACUGUCCACUGACAAUGCGAACGCCGCACGCGCAUACGAGUCUGCGUUUGCCGCAGUCUCAAGUUCGAAUCCCGACAUCGCCACUUGGGCUCAAACGCCCCACCCUAAGAGGUUGCCACGACUGGCGAUGAGGUUGUUCCCAGCUGAAGAUAAGUACUUCAAACAUGAAUUAGAUCUCGCACCUGACGAUACGUAGAACUAUGUACGGUUACGAAAAGACGUUUUAUGUUGACUGAAUAAUAUAGUACUUUAUACGACUGUCGUUUAGCCCUUCCUGGCUAUUGAAACACGAGAGUCUGUAUAUCAUAUGCCGCAUAUAUAAAUUAUAUGCGGUUGUAUACACUACCUUAUUUUAAAGAAAUAAUUAAAUAAGCAACAAAUAAACUAUCUUCACUCCAUAGGAACAAUAGGGGUGAUGACGGGGUACAGUAAACGAAAUUCUCUUUAGUCCUUCAGUUAGAUGAUCAAAAAAUAUAUAUUUUUUCUUUGGGCAAUAUAAAAAUAUGUGUUUUUUCUUUCAACCAAAAAAUGACAAAGUGACGUCACUUUUUAGUGAAUAUUCGCUUAAAAGUGUACUCAAACGUGACGUCAAAAUCAAUAUAUCUCUGCAAUGUUCAUAUGUUUAUAUGAAAAAAGAAAAAAUAGUCUUUGAUAAUCUACCUGAUAAACGAAAAAAAAAAAUUUAGUCAUCAUCCCUAUUUAAAUUAAGCAAAGGAGCUAUGUAAAAAGGAAGUAUUUCACAAAGCUUUCCGGUACCGCUAGCACGAACCAUUAUCGAAUUCGAAUAGUUUGCAAACCGAAAUGUCAAUGUCAAAUUUUGUAUGGAAACUUGAACAGCAGCGGCACAAAGUACGUAACCCGACCUAAAAAUCAGUACAAAUUUGACAAUAACAUUUCGGACUCGAAAACGUUACGAAUUCGAUUUUGGUUCGUGCUAAGGGUACUGAAAUCCCGAAAACAAAACACGAUCGGCAGAACAUUUUAUGGCAAGCGCGGGAAAUUAAGUUCUAACUACGUAUUCGAGCGCCGAUUUUUUUUUCACAUUCAGCCUAAUAGAUUAAAUUAAAAAAUAAAAGUGUUCUGUAAUGAUUAAAAAUAUUUUACGAUACAGC